AUGUCAAAAGAACAUCAUCCUCUCAUUAUUUCUACUUCUGUUAAACACACUGUUCAAUUAAACUCUCUUCCUAAAGUCAAAGAAGUUAAUCAACGAGGUAUUGAAAACGUCAUUAAAUUUAGAAGAAUGACUACUCAUUUUAAAGCUCCACUAAGUGAAGAGGAGUUAACUAAGUUAAGCCAAUUCAUUUUACUCUUUCAGAGUAAUGAAGUUAGUAUUACUAUUCUUCAUGAAAAAGAAAUACAACAAUUAUUGGAAAAAGAUAAUUUUACUCCAAAAUAUUCUGCUAUUAUUGUCUCUUCUCUUCUUUCUUCUCCAGUCAAAUGUAUUGAUACAUUAAACAGAGUUGAGUUAUUUUGUACUUCUAAUGAAUGGUUUGGUUAUUGGAACAAAGGACUUGCUUCUAAAUACAAGACUCUCCACAAGACUCAUUCAACUUACUGUCUUUGUGUUGGACAUUCCUUAUUAAGAUUUGUUAGAUAUUCACCACGUCCAUCACCAUCAAUACAAUACAAUUAUUAA